CAAAUCUAAUCAUGCAGACAUUGGGGAAUGGGGUGGUGUCUUUCAAUUCAUUCAUGAUACCUUUACUGACAUUGAUUUCUUCUUUACAAUGAUACAUGUGUAAUCUUAAACUUUUUGCAUAAUCAAGAAUAUUGGAGGCCUUUAGUCGUCGGUUCAUAUUCUCAUGUCCAGAGCUUGCUUUUCAAAGAAGGCGGCAAAUGAUCCAAUUGCACCAUCUAGGGGAAUUCCUUGGGAAGAUAUCAGGGAAAAUCCAAACUGCAUGCUAAUAGUGACACCCAAAGGUGGGCAUUUAGGGUGGGUUGCAGGUGCCGAGGCUCCACUAGGAGCUCCUUGGACUGAUUCUGUGGUCAUGGAUUUUCUUGAGCAUUUGGAAAGAGGUGCAUCUAAAACUACUGGAUUUUCUUGUGACUUAGAAGCUGUGCGGCAUAGUUCAGAGGGAUUGCAUCACAUGGAAGUAUAGCCCACCAAUUAUUCACAUAUUCAUAUAUGUGCUUGACUUGCCAUAGUAUUUGGUACGGCCAAUUUUAACAAUAAGUUCAAUUCAUUGUAGCCGAUUCUUUAUUUUCAGACCAUCGUUGAAUCACGGGCACAGCUGAAAUUAUAUCCUGAGGGACUUGGAUGAUGACCUGAUGAUGGGUUGAUAGGUGAAAUCAAUAAGUAAUAAAGUUUCUCUAUUCACUGGAUCAUCUUUUAUUUGCCUGUUGCUUGCCUCGUUGCAUUGUUGUCCUGAAACCGAUUUUAUGUGCAACGUUAACCAAGUCCCCACAUCAUCCUGUGAACAGCGAAAUGAUCUUGCAGGUUGCUAUGCCUUCCAUCCUGGAAGAGAAAGUAAAUAUCAAAAUCCGGCUGCAUGAUGUGCUUGAUUACCUAUCUAUAGCCUUUUAGAAUUUGGUUUUCCGAAUUGCUUGGGGGAAUGUUACUAUUGUAUUUGUAUGGAUUCUUUCGCAUUAUAAUUCCAGUAUUUUGUUCUGACGGAUC